AUGCCAACUUCACCCACUAAUCUCCUCCUCCUCCCGCGCCUCCCUCAGGCCCGCAACGCCAUCGAGCGGGGCGCCCGGGCCCUGGUGGUCAACGUGGACGGCCUGGACGCCGCGCAGCACGAGGUCUUCACCAGGAACUUCUCGAGGGCGCUGCUGGAGAGGCCCUUGGUGGUUCUCCUCCCCGAGCAGGCGGAGGAACUGCACCACAUGAUCAACGUCUACAAGGACCUCGACGUAGAGAUCGAGAUGCCGCCCGUCAGGGACUACUUCGACCUGGGCAUUUUCCUCACCUGCUUCCUCCUGAUCUGCCUCGUCUGCCUCGCCAUCGUCGUCAAGAUGAGGUGGAGGAGGAACAACAAGCAGGUGGUAAAGAAGUUGAUGACGGCGUGA